GGAGGGGUCCGCGGCCGCAGCAGGAGCGGGAGGCUCGGGCCAUGGCCGCCGACGUGUUCAUGCGGCCGGGCCGGCUCCCGGGGGCGGCGGGGCCCGUGUCGCGGCGGGCGGAGCCGGACGAGGACUCCUCGGACACGGACGAUGGGGGCUCCCCGGCGGGGCGGCGGCCCGGGCCGCGGCGGGGCCAGCCCGCGGGGCCCCAGAUCAUCCACUCGGGCCACUUCAUGGUCUCAUCGCCGCACAGCGAGCACCCGCCCAAGAAGGGCUACGACUUCGACACGGUCAACGAGCAGACGUGCCAGACCUACCGCUUCGGGGCGGCGCGGGGCGGCGGCGGGGCCGGGGGGCGCCUCAGCAUCGACGCCUCCCUCACCAAGCUCUUCGAGUGCAUGAGCCUGGCCUACAGUGGGAAGUUGGUUUCACCAAAAUGGAAGAAUUUUAAAGGUUUAAAACUUCAGUGGAGGGAUAAAAUUCGUCUCAACAAUGCCAUCUGGAGGGCAUGGUAUAUGCAGUACCUGGAGAAACGCAAGAACCCAGUGUGCCAUUUUGUGACUCCACUAGAUGGCUCUAUUGAUGUAGAGGAACAUCGGCGGCCUGAAGCCAUUGCAACAGAAGGGAAAUAUUGGAAACGAAGAAUCGAAAUAGUCAUCAGGGAAUAUCACAAGUGGAGAACAUACUUCAAGAAAAGGUUACAGAAACACAAAGAGGAAGACCUUUCAAGCUUGGUGCGGGAUGAUGACGUGGUUCUCUGGCAUCAGAGUAGAUAUGGCAGAGAAACCCCGGUCCCUAUGGAGGAAGAUUCCUUUCUGGAUGCAGACAUGCUUAUGUCUGAGUUCACUGACACCCUGUUCUCUACUCUUUCUUCACAUCAGCUGAUUGCCUGGCCAAAUCCCAGAGAGAUAGCACACUUAGGAAAUGCUGACAUGAUUCAGCCAGGACUUAUCCCCCUCCAGCCAAACCUAGAUUUCAUGGAUACUUUUGAAUCUUUUCAGGAUCUGUUCUCAUCCAGUCGCUCUGGCAACUUUUUCACUUCUCUCCCUGCUGCCAGUUCUGCUAUGACAGAUACCAGCAGCCAUUCUUCCCAGUCUUCUGUCCUGCCCUCAGGUUCUUUACCCAGCCCACUCCCAACGGUGAGCCUCAGUGAAGGAUUGAUUGCCUCAUCAGUACCUGCUCCUGUCAUUCCUGAUGUUGGUGCUAACCAAUGUUCCAACAUUCGGAGUGGGGGCUCUUUCAUCCAGCCAUCAGACUUCAAUUCCAGUUCAUCUCUAAGUGCCCAGCAGCCAUUUCUUCCGGUGUUCCCAGCUCCAGUGUCGCUGCUGCAGCCCACUGUCCCACCACAACAAGCCGCUUUGCCCACGGUGCCUCUGAAUGCCGGCUUGAAUUCUCAGCCGCCUGCUUUUACUGCUCCAGAAACCCAAAAGUCUGGCCUCUGCAAAUCUUCCAUUGUUACCCACACGGCUUCUGCCACCCAGACCCACAACGCCUCUGCUACCACCUUCAGCCAGAGCCAGAACCUCAUCCUGGCAACACAGCAGCCAGGGGGAGGCGUGCCUUGUAACCUGACUCUACAGACUGCUGUCGUGCAGGGGCAGCCCCGGCCUCAGCUGCAACCCCACCUGACGUUUGCACUCCCGAAAGCCAUUCCCCUGGCAAAUGCUGGGACAAGACCCAAACAGCCACAAAAAAUAGUGCCUGUUCCAAAGCCUGAAACAGUGUCCUUAGUAUUAAAAAAUGCCUUCAUCGCCCCAGCUGCCUUUCAGGGACAGUCCAGAGCUGUGAUCGUAACCCCAGCACCUUUAAAAAGAGAGGGGAUUUUGACUCCAGCCAUGUCUCCACCUAGUGUUGUAAUUGCACCAGCUGGAAUUGCCAGAGCUCCCGGGGUGAUGGAAUUCCAUAAUAACAUUUUGGUUGGUCAAGCACAGCAAGCUCCGAAUAACCAGCAAGUCCAGUCCACAGUCUCGCAUCGCUUCUCUCCUAGUGCAGUCCAAGAUGUGAAAGGAGAGCAAAUCCCUUCCCACAGUACCUGUUCACAAGUUCCCUCACCUACACCUAGCCGAGAUUGUCAGAAUUCAGGACAGGCCUCUCCCUGCCCGUCUGAACAAAGCCCCAGUCCUCAGUCUCCACAGAAUAAUUGCUCAGGAAAAUCCACAGCUAACCCUCAGAUGGCUGCAUUUAAGAAUCGAAGGAUGAAGCAUAUUUCAGCAGAACAAAAGAGAAGAUUUAAUAUCAAGAUUGGUUUUAGCACCCUGAACAGCCUGGUAUCAGCUAACUCUAAGUCAAUCAGCCACGCAAUCACGCUCCAGAAGACUGUGGAAUAUAUCGCUAAACUACAGCAGGAGAGAAUGCAGUCACAAGAGGAAACCAGGCGCCUUCGGGAGGAGAUUGAGGAGCUAAACACUGCUAUCAUUUCUUGUCAACAGCAGCUCCCUGCUACUGGGGUUCCCAUAACACGACAGAGAUUUGAUCACAUGCGGAGUAUGUUUGAUGAGUACAUGAGAAACAGGACCCUCCAGAACUGGAAGUUCUGGAUUUUUAGUAUUAUCAUUAAGCCACUGUUUGAGUCCUUCAAUGGAAUGGUGUCUACGACUAGUUUAGAGGAUCUGAACCAGACCGCAAUGGCUUGGCUGGAUCAGCAUUGUUCGCUCCCUGUUCUGAGGCCAAUGGUGCUGAACACCCUUCGGCAUCUCAGUAUAACCACCUCGAUUCUGUCAGAUCCAUCACGCCUGCCAGAGCAAGCCACUGAGGCAGUUUGUAAGAUCAACAAAACAGCUGGGGAAACCUAACAACCACAAAUGAUGAGUUACCUAUACAAGACGUGAAGAACGUCCGAGCCUCACAGACUUAUGAGUCUCCUUACAGUUCGUGCACUUUAGAAAGGAUUCUCUCUAUCAUGUAGGACAUUGUUCAGGGCAUUUUGCCACUGGCUUCUGAACAUGUAGAGAUACAAUGCAACAUUGUCUAAUGCUUGGCUUCCUCUUCAGUACCUGUUAGGUUCAGUUAAGUGAGAAUGCCAACCUCAGAUACAUAAGUAGGCUAGGGUCCUGCAUUCAGCAAUAAAAAAAAUCUCCAUCAAUGAAGCAUGAAUAAAUACACAGUGAACAUCUUUGCAUAAAAUGACUUUAAGUACUAAACAAGGUGUAAAUUCACUACACCUAGGAACAAUUUGUUAAAGGGAAAUGCACAUCUGAUUUCAUGAAAGGUACUGUGCUUUUUCAUUUUAUUACCUGCAGCUCAAUUUCUUUGUUGUGUUACUUGAACAGUAAAAAAGUUGAUAAAAAGAAUGAUCAGCAUAUUAAUAACCAAAGGAGAAAAAAGUUAAUCAAAGAUACAAAAUCAUGGUAAAAUACUAGAAUUAAAAUCUCAGGUUGUGUAUGUAUCUUUAUUUUAGUUCAGUAUAUUAUUUGUAUGUGAUCAUUUGGUGGGUAUGCUUUAUUUCCUAGCAAAUAAAGUAGCAGAUGUUUUCGUAGAACUUUUUUUUUCCUGAUUUAGGCAGUACAAGUGCAUAGCAGGACAGUUUGGCAAGUACAAGAGAACAAUUUCUUUAAUUUGUGUGAAUUUUUUACUUGUAAAUAUAGACAUGAAUUUCCAUACAGGCUUAAACUGUAAACUAUUUUUUCUUACAUGCUGCAGAGUUGAACUCUCCAUCAUAAUACAUGUGCACAGAUGAUGCUGUAAUGCUUUAGAGAGUUUGUAAUGCUAGGAAGUUAGCAUUUAUGUUGUCACAGAAAUUAGAUCAAUCCAUAUGUACUCAUAAGCUAUCCCUCGCUCCUGUAUCUUCUUUGCCUGUUUCCCCUGCUUCAGUAUCCCUGCCCUAAGUCCUAAACUCUUGAAAGAUUUAGGUCACGGUUGUCAAUCUUUAAGAGGAGGCUUGCAUCCAACAUAAAACUUAGAACACAGCUUGUUUGAUAUCUGAAAUGUGAUUUUAUUCACUGUGACUGGCACAGUAAGCGACUGACAUAACUAUAGAUGGGUCUGAGCUUCACUGUUCACUAGCAAUGUGUUCGUCACCAUAGUGCUAGCAACUUCUGGCCAACAGUACCUCAUGCAGAUUGUUCCUGUCCACAUUAGGAUUAAUCUAAGUGGGGCAGGGUGUAUGUAUGUGCUAUUGGCGAAUUAGGAGGAGUAUGGGCAUAAACCUGGAGACUCUUGACCCAUGAUUUGUAGGCCUUCUCUUGCAGUGCCUUCUCCAUAGCUCAUGUCAUGGAGAGUCUGCAAAACUGACUCUCUUUGGUUGGAGCAAAGCUGGAGCAGAAAAUUUACGCUUCAAGCCUUCCCAGCUUUGGGGUUUGUUCCUUGCCAGUGCCUUUGCACAGCACCUUGCCCACCAGUGUUGCUCUCAGCCUGUGUGCUGGGGACAGGGUUUGGCUUGUGGGUAACAAGUUACUCUGCUGCAUCGCUGUAAUGAAGUCUACUAAAAACAUGAUCCUUGAUAGCCAACCCCCUUGACCUGAAAGUAGAGGCACGAUGUAAAGCUUAAGUCUUCUGUUGAGGUUCUGAUGCAGCACUCAUCACUCUGGUAUCUGAGCUCCUGCUUUCCAAUGCACUGUGAAAAACUAAGUGAUUUGUUGCUUAGCUACUAGCAUAUAACCACCUAAGCGGAGAGCUGUACUGUGCACAGCUAGAGAAAUGCCUAGCAGUGUCUGCUUUCACAGUGAGGGUAACUCCAAUAAUGUGAUUACACGUCUGAGCGUUUUUGUUUGUUUUUUUGUUCCACUGCAUGAAUUAACUUCAUCUGCAAAAGAAUUGAGCCUUCAGGCCAUUGACUGUAUUUUGUAUCUCGUUCAAAAUUUGAGAUCCCAGAAGUUUACCAAACUCUCAGGUCAGUUUUCAUGGCAGAAAAAUAAAUCAUUAAACUCAGCACAACUUAUUAAUAACCCUGACAAUUCCACUAUUUUCUAGAGAGAAGUUAUUAGGAACCAUGUUAACAAUCCAGGUAAAGCCACCUGAUAUCUUCCCUUGGUACCUUUCCUUCCAGUUUCACAAGCAAGCUGCAUUGAGAUGGGCAGGUCUAGUACGCUGACAGUGUUUAGUUAGAGAGCAGACUGAAAAUAAUUUGAUAUUACACAUUCUAAAAUAUAUUCAGGGAUUUUACAUUAGGAAGCAACUCUUCGCUUUCUCUGCCAUAUAACUUUCCAUUUGGAGGGUCAGGCUUUCAAAAGUUACCUGUGAAACAAACUGCAGGAUUUCCCUGUCCUGAGUUUUUGCAUUCUCAACUUUUCACAGCUGAGUUUUUGCAUAUGCCGAACAUCAGUUAUGGUGGAAAUGGCAUUUGUGCAUGCAAAUCAAGAGACAUUUUGCUAUGCAUUUAUAUACCUAAACUUCACACACACAUCUCUGAGAUUUUUGCAGCUGUAGAAAAACUUCAGUCACAGCUGUAGGGAUAGUAGUUGAAGGCCCUUUGAAAAUGUAGGCCUAGACUUUAUUGAAAUAGUACACAGAGGUGGUUGGUAAGCGGUGAAGUGGCUUUUCUACAUAUAUACUCAGGCCUAGAUAUGCAGUACAAUCUAUUAGUAAAAUAAGCAAUAUUGUUUGGUAUCCAUCUGAAUAAAUGGUGCUAUAUAAAUGUAAGAUCUUUUCUAUCGAUGCCUAUAUUCAGCCUUCAUUUUAUCAAUGAUCUUGAACUUCUAACAAAAUCUGACACAGUGAUUAGCUGGGUUCCCCCCCAACUUCCUCAUUUACACACCUACCUUAUUGAUAUAUAUAUAUUUGCAUGUUAAAAUAUGUAUCAGGUGAAGUUGUCUCCAGUCUGCAUGGUAGAUAUUGUGCCUAGUUCUUACCUCAUCCCAGUGUAAAUUGGGAGUAAUUGCAUUGAAGACAAUGUGAGGUGUGAUCAUAAUCAAUCUUUCCCUCAAUACGCAAGAUGUACUAAGAGCCUGUUAGAAAGCUCAUUGAAGUCAGUGGAAGUCUUUCUGCUGACUUCCAGGAGCUUUGGAUCAGACCCUAAAGCGUUCAGUCCCAACUCCCAUUGAAAUCAAUAGAAGGACUCGCAUUGACUGCAUUGGUAGCCUGAAGGAACAUGAAAGGAUAUUGUGACUGAGCUGCUUAAAGUUAUCAGGUUACCACUUUUUUUAUCUAGAAGUUUGCUAAAAACCAUCGAGUCUCACUGCAUAGCUGAAUAGAUUAAAAUGGGACAGAUAGGGUGUGUAUCGUUAGUUGCAGGGGAAACGGACACAAAACUGUUCUGCUUGCUGUGCAAAGAUCGGCAGCACUUUAUCGUUUUUUUUUUUUUAUUAAAAAUUGCUGACUUUGGCAGUGAGGAAGGGGAAAAGUGUACAAGGGAGAAGAAAAAAGAAUACAGACUUUUCAUUCUGUCUGGCAUUUACCAGAAAUCAUCUGCUUUCCUAAAUCUUUUGAGUUGAACAAAUACCCAUGACGCUUGGAGACUUGAACAAUAAGAUCUUGUCCCUUAGUGGAGGUUUAUAAUUCUGAGAACCCUUUGCCACCUAAUUUCUGUAAAUCUGAACUCUCGUUUGUUUAUUUCAGACUACAGGUUUUAUCGUGACAGUGCUUAUUGGGGGCACUGAAAACUGGACUGGGAGUUUACAGACCUUGGUUUAAUUCCUGGCUCUGCCGCUGUUUUGCUGUGGGCCUAGUCACUUACGUCUGCCUCAGUUUCUUCCUCUGUAAAAUGGGGAUGAUACUUCAUCUUUUGUAAAGCAGUUAGUAUUUCUACAGAGCUUUUCUUUAGAUCGCAAAAUACUGUUAUGAAAAAAGAUUGACCCAAUUUAUAUGAAUUGCGGUGUAAAUCUCUGCUAUAAGCUUGAACUUUGUAUUCUAUUUCUGCUCACCAGCUAAGGGGUUUAAAUAACACAUCUUUCAAAAAGAUGAUUUCUGCCCAGAGCAGUCACACUCUGCCUCAGUUUAACGAGUUCCAAUUCAGUUCUGUGUGGCAACAAACAGAUGCAGGCUCUCAACCAGUCCCCACUAUCUGUUGCAGUUUACAGAGAAUUUCAGGUGACACCUACGGUCUACCUUGCCUUCAGUGGCUUCAUGUUGUAGAUUGGUUCCCAAAGAAUCUGUAGUGCUCAGAUUCAUUUUUAGCUUCCCUAAAAGCCAAACACAAGUUAUGCUUUACUCAGACCCAAAUCAUUGGGCUCAAUACAGGGGUAUCUGGGUGAAAUAAUGGCCUGUGAUGUUCUAGAUCAGCAUUUCUCAAACUGGGGUCCACGGGCCCUGCUGAUCAACUCCUCCCAGCACCUCCUGCACAUCAGGGAACUGUUCCCCAGUGUGCAGGAGGCACUGGGAGGGAGGGGGAAGAGUGGGACAGGCUGCACAGGGAGGGGGCAGAAAGAGGCAGGGAAGAGGAGGGUCAGGGGUGAGUGCAGGCAGGGUUUGGGACUGAGCAGGUGAUUUGGGGGUCCUUGGAUUUUCAAAGUUUGAGAACCACUGUAAUAGAUGAUCUAAUGGUCCCUUCCACCCUUAAACUCUGUACAUCUCUGUAACCCAACACAUCAGCUACUGUAGUUCUCUUAGGGCCUUAUGCUUCCUGCCAACAGCACAGUCAUGGGCAGAAAAAAACAGAAACUAGCUGAGGUUGAGGGAGCAAGAGCACCGCAGGGAUGGGGACAAGAGAUACUCUUGGCAGCACGAUCCCCUCACAGAACUGUUGGGAUUUCUUUGUGGGAGAUAAUACUGGGUCUAUUGGCAGGCUCUGCCAUGGCUUUCCGGUCCCCUAGAGAAAUACCCCCUGCAGGGAGACUCUCUCUAUCAGCUGCUGGAAGGGAGCUGUGUGGACAAGCGUAGAUGUGCUGAGUCUGCGUGUGGCUAUUCCUGCGCUCUGUGAGUGCCCCAAGCUCCUGGAGAUUUUCUCACAGAGCUGAGGCAAUGUCUGCACUGCAGGCACUCAUGUAGACGUUUCCUACAUUGAGGGAAGGGGGUUUUCCAGUCACUGUGGCUAAUCCACCUUUCUGAGAGCCCGUAGCUAAGUCGAUGGAAGAAUUCUCCCAUCAACCUACCUAUGUCUGUACUGGGAGUUAGGUCAACCUAACUACGUCACACAGGGCGCAAAAUUCUUCACAGCCCUGAGCAACGUACCAAGGUUGAUCUAAUUUGUAAGUGCAGACCAGGCCUUAUUAGGGUACUACAGGUUUGGUGCGUCUCAGUUCAGCCAUCCCCUCCUCCCAACAGGAUGAUCUGUUGAAAAUCCUGAAUAUAUUGGAGCUUCCUGGGCCCUCUGUGUGCCCUUCUGACCAGGGGAUGAUAUGACCCUUAGAAUAUGGGACUGUGAAAAUUACUUGAUUGUGGGAAAUGUGCACAAAAAAAGUCCAGUAAUACCCCAGAGUCUCCAGGCACCAGCUUUCUGCUAGAUCUCUGUGCAUCUGUAAGUGCUUGAAAAGGCAAAGACCAGCGAGGUCACACUGCUAAGCAGCGUCUUGCCAGCUUGAGUGAAUCCAUUUAGUUUACAGCCCCAGAGUUUGACGUUCCAGUACGUGUGUUUGGUUUUAAAACCAAAAGCCUCUGUGAGAUCAGGCAGCGGUUUGAGAGCAGUUAUAAUAUUUAGUGACAGUGGCAUUUCUGGGUAAUAGCAGAAACAGUCAGCAGCAUGAAGCUUUUGUAGUUCAGAUUACUGGGAAGCAGUUCCAUCUUUUCUGCCUAUUCUUGGGAUGGUUAAUUAUUGACCUGCUGGUGCCAGUUGAAAGCUACUUGGGGGGGGGCGGGGAAUUGACUAUUCAGUAUCAGGACAGUUCUGAAUAAUUUGUCUGGUGUUAUCUACACUUUAUUUCCAGUGCCUGCUUCUACUUUUGAUUAUACACCAAGAUAAAGUAAAAUGAUCAAAGUACUGUUGCCACUAAAUCACGUAGUCUUAGGGGCCCAAUCGGCAAGUUGCCGAGUGCCCUUAACUUCUUCUGACUUGAGUAAGAUAUUUGGUGGGGUAACGACUGCAGGAUUUGGCCUGCCCAUUGCUUGCCUCCAGUAAUUUUUGUCUACUAUGUGGGUGCAUGUGUUUCAUAACAGUUUUCUGCAGCAAGGUCCCUUCCUCCCUCAGCCCUGUUCCCAUUGACUUUGAUUGGGGCACCGGCUCUCCGUUUUUCUUCUUUAUUAAACAGGUGUCAUGCUGUUUUGCAUUGCAAGACUGCAAGCACACAGGUAGGUUUUGGACAGAUAUGUAAAACCCGGUAUGGUUACAAAGCAACAUACCAAGGCAUUUUAAUAUAAUGGUCUCAUGGCUGUUGGAAUUGUUUUUAUUCUGAACUUAAAGCACAGCUCAUACGCAUGAAUAAAAUGUUAAGACAAAGUAAGUGAGCGCCCGAAGCAAUCCUCCUCCUCCUCCUCCUCUUUAAUGAUACAUUGGACAAAGUGCUUCCUGUGCUGCCAUAAAAAUUUGCUACAGGUAUUUUUUUAAAUGAAUGGAUUUGAUUUUUUUGUUACAUAAACACUCGGAAGAACACGGGCUUCAGAUGUGCUCUUGCUUUGGCCUUGUUGUAUAAGGUUUUCUGUUCUAUUGUAGGACACAACAUCUGCUGCGCUACUGAUAUGCAGCAUUUGUCAUGCAGCUCUGUUAAAUGUGCAAUGCAAUUUUAUAUUUACAACCAAAACAAUAAAUGUUAUUUUUUGGAAGAAAA